UAGAAUAGUAGUAGUAUUUCAUUAUCAUAUAUACUUUGAUUGCUUCUACAAUACAAUGGCAUUUCACAAAACCCUUUUUCAUAUCUAUUUCUUUUUUUCAUUAGUAUCCAUCAAUUUCGCCCGUAUCGUUCCCGAAGAUCAAGAACUCGACCGGAUUUCGACGCUGCCCGGACAGCCGCCGGUCAAUUUCUCGCAAUUCUCCGGCUACGUCACCGUCAAUGAACAACACGGCCGUGCUCUCUUCUAUUGGCUCACUGAAGCUCCCAAAAAUGCCCACACAAAACCUCUUGUUCUUUGGCUCAAUGGAGGACCUGGAUGCUCAUCAAUAGCGUAUGGAGCUUCUGAAGAAAUUGGAGCAUUCAGAAUCAACACAACUGCUUCAUCUCUUUAUUACAAUGAAUACUCCUGGAAUUCAUUGGCAAAUAUUCUUUUCCUUGAAUCACCAGCUGGUGUGGGUUACUCUUACACUAAUACUACCUCUGAUCUUAAGGAUUCUGGGGAUACAAGAACAGCUGAGGAUGCCCUAAUUUUCCUGAUAAGAUGGAUGUCGAGAUUUCCACAGUACAAAUAUAGAGAUUUCUACCUCUCUGGGGAAAGUUAUGCCGGACAUUAUGUUCCCCAAUUAGCUCUAAAAAUACAAGAAUACAACAAGAAACAUUCCCAAACAUUCCUCAAUCUCAAAGGAUUUAUCGUCGGGAACGCAGUCAUGGACACUUACUACGACGGGCUAGGGACCGUCACAUAUUGGUGGAGCCAUUCGAUGAUCUCCGACAAAACAUACAAAACCCUCCUCAAACAUUGCAAAUUUGUGCCACAAGAAAGCUCGAUAAAAUGUGACAAGAUCAUGAACUAUGCCAUGAACCACGAAUUUGGGAAGAUCGAUCAGUACAGCAUCUAUACACCUGUAUGCAAUAAGUCGAAUAAAACCCUACGAGUUUCUACAACGCUCAAGAGCAUUCUCAUCGGGCGAAGAUCAUUUGGAUAUGAUCCAUGCACCGAGAGCUAUGCCGAGAAGUAUUACAAUCGACCCGACGUGCAAAAAGCCCUCCAUGCAAACCUAACAGGGAUCCCAUACAAAUGGACAGCUUGUAGUGAUGUUCUUCUAAGACAUUGGAAGGAUUCCGAUGCCUCGAUGUUGCCUACCUACAAGAAGCUUAUCACUGCCGGGCUUCGAAUAUGGAUAUUCAGCGGAGACACGGACUCGGUGGUUCCGGUGACGGCGACGAGGUUUUCUUUAAGCCAUCUAAAGCUCAAGAUAAAAACUCCAUGGUAUCCAUGGUACACUGGAGGACAGGUUGGGGGGUGGAGUGAGGUGUAUGAAGGAGUAACAUUUGCAACAGUAAGAGGAGCUGGACAUGAGGUUCCUUUGAUUCAACCUAGGAGAGGAUUUGUCCUCUUCAAGUCAUUCUUGUCUGGAAAAUAUUUGCCAAAUAAAUAAAUAAAUAAAAAUUCAUAUCGAUCGAAGCUGGCACUAGAUGAGAAGAACUAAGAAUUCUCCAAAGUGAUUAUUAUAGUUGAUUUAGAGUUAUAGGAUCACAUUAUCAUUCAAUUUCCAACUGUAUGUAAUAAUAUAUAUAUAUAUAUAUAUUUCAAGUUCUUGAACGAACACAUGCAUGUACCCGGGUUGACGUGUUGAUUAGAGUUAAUCAGUACCAUAUUGAUUAACGUUAAUCAACAACUUCUCAAACCGUGAUUUGAAUUAAAUUAGUAUGCAAUAUUUGAACUGUUA